AUGUCCUAUACUACACAAAAUGCUGAACCGGAACAGAGUGAACAACAUCAAGAAAACAAUUGGCAUUUUGGAGUCCCGAACAAUAGUCGGAGUGUUGGUGUGGAACCAGAUGAUCCAAUUGGACAGGUGGGAUUGAACGAAAACGUCGUGAGCUAUAGCAUUCCGGUUGUUUUUGGGAGAAGUGCUUCUGCUUUGCAAACUUUUCGGAUGAUCGUUGAAAGAUCCAUUCGUGACAUUUUCCCUGAUAUCGCUCAACAAAUCCAAGUGCAAACCCGUCUCCGUGAACCUGGGAAUCCUAUCAUCGGCUCGAUUGUCGUUCAUCUACCGGGACAAGAAAAUCCUGUGGUUGACUCCCCGGCUAUAGAACGUGUUAACAUGAUUCAAGAGCAUCUCUCCCAUAUCGAAGCUUUUUUAAGCGUCACUGCUGAGGGUUUCUCCGAUCUGGUUGAUUCCAUUUUGAAUGGCGCUGCAAAGCUUGAUCCAGAAAGUGAAAGAGAACAGCGGAAAACACUCGUCAAUUGGGUUGAGAAAAUGCAAUGCGUUGGAGAGCAAAACGUCGAGAAGAACUGCAACUGGGUUGCAAAUGGGGAGUCGUCUAAUGAAAAUGGUCGAAUGCAACAAUUGGGAACAUCACAAAAUGAAACCGGAAUUCGAAGACAAAACGAGACACAAGGUUUUGAAGGACAGCCACAAUAUCAGAUACGUCAUGGCUUGGCGACAGAUCUUCUGCCAAUGAUUGAGUCCCUUGUUCAGCUGAACACUUUACUUGCUCCACAUUUGAUCCGAAUGUCACGAGUCGUUCGCCACAAUGACAACUUUGAUAUUGGAACUCAAGAGACACUUCUAACAGAUUCACGCGCCAAUUGCUUAACGGUUUAUUUGGAACAACUCCAAAAAACGAUCCACCGUCACUCGCAUGUUCUACAUUUGGUUUCCGAUUUGAAUAUUCAUUUCGAUGAUCCGACCCCUCGUCGCUUAUUUCCACAAUAUUCUCGUUAUCGGGCAGAACCGAGCGCUGAGGGAGAACUUGUCUUCGAUGUCUACUUGGAAAGCGAUGAAAAUUCCACGAAUACGAGUCAAACAUCUGCUUUCAACGCUUUAACAGUUCCAUAUGAAGGUCGACCGGAUCGGCCUUUCCUUUCAUCGAUUGCCAGCCCUUUUGGAACCGGCCCUUAUCGUGAAGGAAUGAUGGUACCAAUAGGAAUGGGGAUUCAAAUUUCAGCUCAGCCUCCAGUUGCUCAUCAAAAUCCAUCGGGAUCAUCUGGAAGCCAAAAUUCAAACACUUCGAUCCCACCGCAAGCCGCACAACCACCUCCCGGGAUCACAAUAAAUCGGACGGGAAAUCCCGGUGGUGGACUGAGCUCACUGAUUAGUUCGGUGAUUCAGAAUGCUAUGACAAGGAAUAUUCCUCGAACGACAAUGAUCAAUGUCGCCGGACCAUUGUCAUCGCAACCCACACAACAAGUUCCAUUGAUGGUGCCAACGCCAAAUCAUCAACAUUUACACAAUCACAAUCUUCAUCAUUUCUCCGCACACCAUAUCGGACAUCAUCCGAUGAUGUCUCUCGGUGCUCCCAAUCGACAAAACGGCAACAAUUCAGCACAACAACAGCAAACUCGCAAUUCAACACCAUUACAACCACCCGUUGCUCCUUUACAUAACCAACAAAAUGUCAUCGAUUUUCCACGAGAGGCUCAAUUGCAAGGAGGCUCUAAUGAAGGGGCAGAUCCGUUCCUAGCGUGCUCAUCUCGACACAUAAACAGAUCGUAUCAACAUUAUGAAAGAAUAAUGAGCUUGUUGGAUGAAUUGCCAUCCACUCCAACUCAGCCCUUGACUCAACUUGGACGCAUGGCUUCAGAAAUUCAGAUAAGACGCACUGGAAGAUCGCAAAUUUGGGCAAUGAACGACAGUGAACUCGCGGAAAUGACGAAUUUCAGUUUACGAACGAUACGAGGAUUGAUGGAGGAAGCGGAUCGAGAACGGAACGGACCAUUCGGGGCAGCCAUGGCUCAAGUGGUAACCAUUGAGCGUCACGUACCAACACACGCGCACAUUGCAAUAACGGCUGAAAUGACGCCUGCCAGUCCGAUCGACGUCGAUCCACCAAAUGAUCAUGAUGAACGAGAAAGGCCCGAUAUCGACUUCAAUUCUUUACCUGAAAAUUCGCGUCAUGUCCUUCAGAGUCUUUUCACGAGCACAACGAAUAGAAGCAAUGAACCCGUUGGACGCAUACUUUCUCGACUCAAUCCCGAUGAAAACCCAAACACAAAUAAUUUGAUUGGUAUCUUAAACUUUUUGAUUGGCGAAUGUCUUGGAAUGGUCGAUUUGAUUUCGCUGAUGGGUGGACGAUUGGAUUCGAUUGGGCGACAUCGAAAUGCUUUUCGUCGACUGAUUAUUGAGCACUUUUUAUUCGACAACUCUCGGCCGUCUUUAAAUGACAUCACUUCGGCAGCAGCUCGUAUGGCGGUUGAUUCGACAACAAUUCGUGAUUUAGUACAAAACGGUGGAGGCGAGAUUACAGUGAAUGUAAGUGAAUGGGAGAGAGAAUUCUGGGCAAGGCAGGCGAUGCAUUCGAAUCAACGUUGGGAUGUCCCGGAAACGGCUGUUCGCAUUGAGCGGAUCGCUAUCGAAAGAUUGCUUCAAACUCUUUUCAAUCAAGAAUUAACUGAUAAUAUAUUCGCGACAACCGCCCAAUCAAUCAUUACGCAGUAUCUUCAUCGUAUGAUGAUCUUGGGCAAUAUGGCUACUGGAGGUCGACCUUAUGGAUACGAAAGGCUAAUACAACAGUAUUUGGUGAGAGAUGGAGCUGCUUUCUUGGGAGAUCAAAACACGAGCACAAUUCAUUUUGUUCGAGACGCUUGCUUGCAACACUUAAGACGUUUAGCUGCCGGGGAUAAUGGUGGAACAAGCAUUGAAGACUUAAAAGAUGUUCUUGUUGCUCAUCUUGCGGGAAGUGCACCAAAAAAGAUGCGUCAUGAUUGUGGUGUUGAGAAUCAAGACUCGUCGAGAGGAACCUCUUUCUCAGCUGCGAGAGUG